GUGCGACGUCGGUUGAGGCGAGUGUAGCUCGCGCUUGUCAAAUAACUUAUUUCUAGGAUUUUCCUUUACUGUUAAACCAUUGUAUUUAAUUUAACCCUCGUCCCGUAGACGUCUGUGAUUCGUAAAUUUUACGAUAUUAUCAAUAAACGUGUCUUGUAUGCCUCGUAGAGUCAUACUGACUGAUUUAGCAGUGUCGAUAACAUGAUUAAAUUAUUUUCGUUAAAACAAGCGAAAAAAGAUGGCGAAUCACCGAAGGCAGGUACUCAAAAGAAGGCAUCGGCGGCACAGCUCAGGAUUACUAAAGAUAUUAACGAACUGAAUCUUCCCAAAACAUGCAACACAGAGUUCCCCGAUCCCGAUGACUUGUUAAAUUUUAAAUUAGUUAUUUGUCCCGAUGAGGGUUUUUACAGGGGCGGAAAAUUCACAUUUAGCUUUAAGGUUGGACCGAAUUAUCCCCACGAACCGCCAAAAGUCAAGUGCGAAACUCAAGUGUAUCAUCCAAAUAUUGAUCUUGAGGGAAAUGUGUGUCUCAACAUUUUGAGGGAAGACUGGAAGCCUGUACUCACGAUUAAUUCCAUUGUUUAUGGAUUGCAGUAUCUCUUCUUGGAACCCAACCCAGAAGAUCCACUAAACAAAGAAGCUGCAGAGGUAUUACAGAACAACAGGAGAACCUUCGAACAGAAUGUAACAAAAGCGAUGAGAGGGGGCUACGUUGGGUCGUUCUACUUUGAACGGUGUCUCAAGUGAUACAUUUUUUUCUACAUCCAUGAUUCUGAAUGCAAUCUCUCACGAGUCGUCGUCGUAUAGAGAAGAAUUAAAUUCCCCGAUGCAGUAACGAAAACAGUAAAUUGGCGCUAUUGCCAGCAUCGCACGUCCAUUCUCUUAUAAUUUUUGUUCUUUUAGUUUAAAAAAAACAUGUCUCAGCAUUUGCAUAUUUGGCUAACUUAAAUAACGUAAAAUAGCCACGGGAUAUGAUUCCCUCCAUUGCUAUUUCGAAAGAUAUAGAACAGUAAAGCUUAUUAUUUGGAUAUUUUAUAUUGAUUUUUUAUUGAAAACUUCCGCACACAUGCAAAGCGUCAACUUUUGUCACUGCUCGGGCAGUUUAGGUGGACAAUUGCAUAAUGUAUCUUCUCAAGAAGCAUCCUAACGUGAUUUAAUUUCAAUAUGAAAACGACGAUAUGGAGAUUUAUGUAAAAAAAACCUAUUGCUGGAUAAUUAAAUUGAGUAAAUGAACUUUAGAUAUUUGAGAAGAUAAAGACGAUGGAAGAAAAUGUGAAUGAAAAAAUGUGCGGUAGUCGUGAGAAAAAUAUUACACGCCAGAUUUUAUUUAUUAAAUAUCGAAGGAACAUAACGAUCUCGUUUGUCAAUUGAUGCUAUAAAUAUUUUUAACUAUAUUUUUUUCUUGUCAGCUUUCACCAUUUCAUUUUUUCUAAACUGAUAUUAAACUUAGAUAAACGAAGGAGAAAUUAUUAAUAAAAUUGUCGCCCCUUUAGAUUGUUAAAUUUUUUACGUUUCAAUAAUCGAAAAAUAUUUAUGGCUUUGCGUAAUGAUUAAUUGGAGGAAUAUUGGCACUCUGGGGGACAGCGUAAGUGCUUCAGAGGGUCAGGAAAUUUGUAAAGACUCUUCAAUACUUUCCGCACUCAAUAUUUUUCUGUUUCGUUUUUUAAAUAGGAGAUGUAAAUUUAAAAAAUUUAAAAAAUUGUUGCGACUCGAAGAAUUUUCACGCAGCUAUGUAAAGAUAUAUUCAAUUAUAAAAAUAAAUGAAACAAUAAUUCUGCGACAA